AUGGGCCAUGCUUAUGGUCGCAAAAAAAUAAGUCAAAAGACAACAAACUCAAGUUCAGGAUCUUUCGCCGUAUCCCCUUCACCUUCGAAAUCUAUUUCUUCUGGCAGCAGCUUGGUGGCGACAAGCACUUCUCCCUUUAAAGCUUCCCUGUGCAACACCAUUGAAGACACACAAGGUGUAAAACGGAAGAUAUUUGAUCGAACGGAAUCUGACAUCCAGGAUGUGGUAGUAAUCUCCGACCUUGACGAAGCUUAUUCUGAGGUCUCAAAUGAGUUACCGCCAACUCCUCCACCUAGUAGAUUAUCUUCCCUACUGGCAGCUCCGACUGUCGCUAUUGGAAAGCGCACUGUAACUGCCCCAGAUCCAGCGACUGGCAGGAAGACUUUCUCGGCGUCCUCGGAUGAAAAUGUCGCUGCGUCAGCUGCCCUGACACCUCCGGCUUUCGCCGUUAGAAUGAGGACAGCAACUGCAAGUGGCUUAGUUCCUGAUGCCUAGCAGGAAGACUAUCACGUCGUCUUC